AAAAUUCUUGGGACAACCGUGGGAUCCGUCGGAUCUGUCAGUAGCUUUUGUCCGUGACGUUUCUCUUGUUCGUGUGCGAAAGGUUUUUUUUCUUCAAGAGUGAAAUUUUGCGAGAAAAGUGUUGGAAAAUGUUCUAAAUUCCACCUUGUGAGGUGCUCCAUUGCUUGAUCAUUUUGAUGAAAGACGAGGAAAAAUGGAUGAUAAUCUCUGGCUGAUGGAACUGGAGUCGGCUCUCCUGGACGACUGCACCGUUAACGAUAUCUACUCCAUUUGCAACGGCAAGACCAUUCCGGAAGGUCUGCGGCCGGAUGUUUGGCAAGUUUGCCUGGACGUUCGCCACAAGAAUGACCAGCUGGUGUCCUUCAAUGAGAUCUUCGAUUUACCCUUUCAGCGUCAGCUCCGCGAAGAUUGCGACAGUGUCGUGAAGCGCCUCGGCAAUGACGAUGAGGACAAGGUGUCCGUGGUCUCGGAUCUCGAGUCCAUCCUCACAUUCUACUGCAAAAAUCGCAGUCUCAAGUAUGAGCAGGGCAACGGAUGGAUUGAACUUCUCCUGCCCCUGCUCUCCCUCAAACUCCGAAGGUCUGAUACUUACAAUCUCUUCGAAGCCAUCCGUGAUGCUUACAUACCGAAGGGCUGCGUGAAACAGGGCAAUGUAUUUCACCUGUUUCGCCUGCUCAUUCUCUACCAUGAUCCUGAGUUGUGCUCAAUGUUGGACACAAAGCGCAUAACUCCUGAUCUCUACUCCCAGUCCUGGUUCCAGAGUCUCUUUGGUGCUACCUGUACCCUGCCUGUGGUUCUGUCCAUGUGGGAUUUGUACUUUCAGCAGGCAGAUCCGUACCUCGUAUUCUUCCUCAGUCUCAUCAUGCUAGUGAAUGUGCGCGACAAGAUUCUGGCCAUGAAGGAUGAAUCCAAGGAGAAGAUCGUUGAAUUCCUCAGCAAUAUGCCGUGUGCUCUGGAACCUGAUGAUGUCGUGGACUUUUGUUCCCUGGCCCAGUACUAUGCCAUGAAAACUCCCUCAUCCUUCAAAACUGACCUCCUUCAGACACUCUUUGGUGCCCAUGUCGACUCCCCCCUUGAUCCUAUUGUUGCUCAGGCUCUUUGCCUUCCGGUUUCGGUGUACGAACUCGUGGAUAAUGCCUCAAUGGAGACACCACAUCCGGAAGCUGUACGCUUCUUUCUGGUUGACUGUCGUCCGGCUGAUCAGUACAAUGUUGGACACUUAUCAACGGCCUUUCACCUGGACAGCAAUUUGAUGCUGCAGGAACCUGUGGCAUUUGCAACAGCUGUUCAGGGUCUCCUGAGGGCCCAGAGGCAGUCCAUUGAGGCCAAUUCUAAUGCCGGCGGAGAGCAUUUGUGCUUCAUGGGAUCGGGCAGGGAUGAGGAGGAUCAAUAUACGCACAUGGUUGUGGCUUCAUUUUUGCAGAAAAACACCAACUACGUCUCGUUGCUCACGGGAGGCUACGCAGCCAUCCACGAAUACUUCGGUGACCACAUGAUCGACUGCCUGGAGGAUCACGAUGUGCACAGAUGCCUCGUCUGCUGUGGAAAUUCCACUCACUCAAAGAACAACAACACAGCUAGGAAUCCCAUCAACACUCCUUCCCAAACAGCCUCGUCGUCAUCCCAGGGACCUCAAACGAAGAUCACGGCGGAUCUUUUUAGUAAAUUGGGCGCAUCACUCAAAUCAAAAUCAGCCGAGAUGAAGGGGAAGUUAUUUGAAUACAUUGUCAAUCCAACAACGAGCAUCAACAGCACCAAUUCCGGGCAGAAUGUUGUGGAGAAGCACGUUUCGGCGUCUGAGAAAAACGGACGGAGAUAUCGAAAUGUUGCCCCGGUGUUCAGUAUUGACGAGGAGAGUGAGGAACCGGUGAAUACUGGAGCAGGAGACGGUGACGCAAGUCCCCAGGAUGAAACAGAUGCCAAGGAAAUUGUUCAGUUGCAGUCAUUCCUCAAGCAACCGGAUGUUAUCACGAGUUUUAGGUGUCAGGAAGUGCACAUGAAUGGAAGGAUGUUCGACAGUCACUUGAUUGUGACCAAAACCCAUCUAGUUGUCCUCAGGGACUUGGGUAAGGGUCAGAGUCAGGUGAUUGUGCGACGACAUCUUUCCAGUAUCGUCAAAAUUACCGCCAAACGACGUCACAGAGACUUGAUAACAUUCAAAUAUGGCGUCCCCGAUGGUGAGACCCUCCUCAUCACCGACAUGGACAGAUUCUUGAUUCCCAAUGCGAGCAAUGCAACGGAAAUUGUUUCGCGACAUAUUGUGCAACAGCUGGAGAACAGCAAAAAUGCGUAGGAGUAGUGAGAUAGCCCCCCCCCUCCCCCUCUUCAAUUAUAUUUAUAUUUAAACUUCUGUGUAAACCUCUUUUUUGUUGAUUAUUUUAAAAUAUUUUGUAUAAAUUAGAUGUUUUACUGAAAACAACCUACCAUUGUCGCUUUCUUUUCGUCAUUUAGUGCAAUAUUAAAUGCCUUGAAGAACAAUAA